CCUAGGUAAGACCAAAAGUUUUAGCAAAAUACCCUUUUUAUCGUAAUUCCCUUUUAUUUAUUUUCUUCUUCUUCUUCUUCUUCUUCAUAAGUUCACUCUCUCUCUCACAAGUCACAACCAUGUUCCUGUAACGGACCUCACAUCUUCUUCAUCAGUUCAUCCUCCUUGAUCUAACUCUUAUUCUCUCAGCUGGCUUUGCUUAUUCCACCUCAAGAAUUUGCUAAAACUUCAAACUCCUGAGAUCUGAAAACAUCUUGUUUUCAUCGGUCUCUGGUUCGUCUGGUACUUGUUCUUUACUAUCUUACUUUGCCCAUUCGAAAUUUCAAAAUGUGACGAACUCAUUCUUAAUAGAUCUGAUUUUGUUCUUCUUGACUCGUCUCAGAUUUGAUCGGAAUUUCGAAAACAAAAAAAUGGGUAAAACCGCCGGAAACAGAGAUUGGACUCAGAUCUACGCCAUCUACGGAAUCGAGCAAUGGCAAACACUCGUCUUCCUUCUCUUCCAUGCUUUCUUCUUCUCUCUUCUCUCAGUUCUCUUCCUCAUCUACUUCGACCAGAUUUGCUUCUUCCUCGAUUCCUUCUUCCUCUCCGGCGCUUCCAGGUUAGCCGCCGGUUUUACUGGCGCUGUCACCGCUCUCUCCGCCGUCUGUCUCCUCUUCGCCGCCGCUAAUUUCGUCUACUCCGAUGUUCCGCUUCAGUACGAGAUGGCUCAACGCAUGGUCAGCUCCGUCGGUGACUGGUCCUGUGUCAAAACCGCUCUCGAUCUCGGAUGUGGACGUGGUAUUCUCCUCAAUGCCGUCGCUACGCAGCUUAAGAAAACCGGUAGCUCCGGUCGGGUCGUCGGGUUAGACCGGUCUAAACGCACUACUCUCUCCACUCUCCGUACUGCUAAACUCGAAGGUGUUCAAGAGUAUGUGACUUGCCGUGAAGGAGAUGUGAGGACGUUACCGUUUGGGGAUAAUUACUUCGACGUGGUGGUGUCUUCUGUGUUCGUUCACACGGUGGGGAAAGAGCACGGUCAGAAAUCGGUGGAAGCGGCGGCGGAGAGGAUGAGAGUUCUCGGUGAGAUUGUUAGGGUUGUGAAGCCUGGUGGUUUGUGUGUGGUUUGGGAUCUUUUACACGUGCCGGAGUACGUGCGGCGUUUACAUGAGCUGAAGAUGGAAGAUAUCCGAGUCUCUGAGCGAGUUACGGCGUUUAUGGCCGGAAGCCAUAUCGUGUCUUUCAGGAAACCUAGUGAACUCGUCGCCGGACCCCGUGAAGUCCGUCUUGAUUGGAGAUGUUGACGUGGCGUACAAAACGGCAGCGUUGUGUGUUUGGUUCGUUAUAUAGGAAACGGCACGUAGUCCAAGUCUGGAGGUUUGAAAACUAUAAUUGUGAUAUAUUAUUAAUUACGAAUGUAAGUCAUCAAAACGUAUGUUGUGGGCGUCUGGGGAGGCGAAGCGGAACCAGAUGCUUUGAUGAAAGAGGCAAAAACGCUGCGGUUGCGUUUACAGUCUUGUAUUUAUAUAUAAAAAAGCUUUAGCAUAUUAUUAACGGUGAAUCUUCUAGUAUGUGUGUGAUUAAGAUAUGAGAGCUUUUUACUGAUGCGUUAGCGUUUUCAAACGCUGGUACAGUGGUACAAAACUAACGUCGUGGAGGUGGGAGAGUAGUAGCAAAACUGUGUAAACGAAAAGAUAAAAUAAAAAAAAAAUUCGACCUUUGUUUGAGUGAA